GCGGGCGGCGGCCGUGUGGCGAGCAGGAGCCCAGCCCGCGGACCCGCGGACCCGCGGACCCUCAGGAGGAACCGCGCCCACGGCCCCUCCCCCGGGCGCCAGUGAAUGUGGGUCUCGCACGCCUUUCCCUUCCCUGAGCGCUGGACACAGGUGCCCGUGAGGACUGGACAUGGACCCAUCAGGAGCACGGGCAUGAUGUCGGCCCAGGAGCUUGUGGCCUGCCUCUGCCGGGAGGGGGACCAGCACCUGGCCCUGGGGGAGCCCCCACUGGCCACCGCCUUCUACCUGGCUGCCUUCAGCUGCCAUGCCCCCUCAGCCGUGCGGAGGGUCCGAGCUGCCCUGGCCGAGGCACGGGGGGCACCCGUGGUGGCCACCCUGGAGGCCUGGUGCCGCGGUGACAGCCAGAUCCCGGCCAUCCACUGGGACGGCAUGGCGGUGGUCUCCCUGACUGGGACCCUGGCUUCUGCCUUCCUGGCCACCCUCUGCCCGGACCACCCGGCCGCGGUCCUGCACUCCCUGGCCGGACUGCUGGCACAUGGGCGCCACCGGGAAGUGGCACAGCGGUGCAGUGCCCUUCUAGACGCUCACACCCAGCAAAGCCUGGAGCUGCGGCUGACCCGCGCCCUGGCCUGGGUCCUGUCUGGGGCACAGGUGGACGCUGGCCUGGCCGACUACGUCCAGGCCUUCACCUCGAGCGCUGACCGGACCGUGGCCUUUGUCCGCACCCACCAGCAGCCCUACCUCCCCGUGCUUGUCAGCACCCUCCAGGACAACAUCUCAAGGAGCCAGCAGGCUGGGGACAGCACCAGCUGGCAGGAGACCGACUCCCAGAGACUCCUGGCAGCCCUGGACCCCGAGGGCACCUGGAGUGAUGCCCUGUCGCCCGAAGCUCUGCUCCGCGGUGGCAGGUAUGAGGACUGCCGGGCGGCAUGUAGCCGAGCCCUUGAGCCUGACCCGACGGGCAGCAGACCCCAAGGUGAGCGUCUGGCCGCCCUGCUGGUCACCCGCGCAGCCGCAGCCUUCUUCCUGGACAGCGGGGCCCAGGACCUGCUUGGGGACCUGCACCAGGCCUUCCGUGAGAGCCCGUCAGGGGCGCGGAGGCAGUUCGAGGCUCUGCUCUCUGCUGGGGACCGGGAGCGGGUGCGGAUUCAGGCACAGGAGGCCGCGGACGUGGGUUUUGCCCACUUCCAGGAGGCCGUGCGGAGUCGCCCCGAGCUUCGGGAGGACUCGGGCCGCGAGCUGCUGGCCCCGGUGACCCGCGCGCUCCGUGUUCUGCUGCGUGUGGCACCGCCCAGGGCGCGUCCGGCACUGGGCACCCGCCUGGCCGAGUGCCUGCUGUUGGCCGGGAACGCAGCGGGCGCCCUGGCGCUGUGUGAGCGCCUGCUGCAGCCCUCGAAAUCCAGGGACCGUGCCGGCAACCGCGCUCCCCUGUUGGCGCUCCGCGGCUUCUGCGCGCUGCACGUCGGCGACGCGCUACGCGCCCGGGAGGACUUCCAGGCGGUGGUGGAGCAGGGGCCGCCGCACACGAGCGGCUGUGUGCGUGCACUGUGCGGCCGCGGGCUGCUGCGAGUGCUGGCGGGCAGCACGUUUCUGGGCGCGCUGGACUAUGUCACCGCCUGCCGGCUGCGGCCGGAUGAGGCUCUGCUCGUCGCCAAGGCCUACGUGCCCUGGAACCAGCGGGGGCUGCUGCUGACGGUGCUGCGGGAGGAGGGCCGCAGGAUGCUGCAGCGGAAGCCCGACCCGGGAUCCAAGGGCGCGCAGGGCCGCCGGAGUAAGGCCGCGGAGAUGGACGGCCCCGCUGCGCAGGAAGGCAGGUCACGAGACUCUCCUUUGCCGCCAGAUAUGUUUCCAGCAGCCCCAGAGGCCAUGCGGGACGCCCAAGGUGUGUACCAGCUGGCCACGCUCCUGAUGGAGCUGGACGCAGAGGAUGAGGCUCCCCGCCUCCUGGUGGCCGACGCCCUGUACCGCCUGGGCCGCCUGGAUGAGGCCCACAAGGCGCUGCUGGUGGCCCUGUCCCAGAGGCCCCAGGCAGCCCCUGUGCUUGCACGACUGGCGCUGCUGCAGCUUCGAAGGGGCUUCUUCUACGACGCCAACCAGCUGGUGAAGAAGGUGGUCCAGUCUGGGGACACAGCCUGUCUCCAGCCCACCCUGGAUGUCUUCCGCAACGAGGACCGGCAGCUGCUGCGGUGCCACUGCCAUACGCGGGCCCUGGCCAUCCUGCGGGCGCGGCAAGGCGGGGCCGAGGGCGAGGCCCACACCAGGGAAGCCAUCGCCUACCUCUCCCUGGCCAUCUUCGCUGCGGGGAGUCAGGCAAGCGAGUCCCUGCUCGCACGUGCCCGCUGCUACGGGCUCCUGGGCCAGAAAAAGACAGCCAUAUUCGACUUCAACUCUGUGCUGCGGGCCGAGCCGGGGAACGUGCAGGCCCUGUGUGGACGGGCACUGCUGCGCCUGGCCCUGGACCAGCAGGAGGAAGCUGUGGACGACAUCUUCUCGGCUCUGAAGCUCGACCCACGUGCGGCAGUCCCUGAGAUCUGCUCUCUCAAGCCAGAGGCCCAGGCCCUCAUCACGCAGGGCCUGUCCUCCCGUUGCCGGGCCCUGCUGAGCCAGCGGCCAGACACCAGGUCCCCCCUCAGUGACGGAGAUGUCCAGGGCCUCCUUGCCGUGGGAGAGGCACUGAUCCAAAUCAAUGCCGGGCAGCUGAGCUGGCACAUCCUCCUGGCAGAUGUGCUCAUUGCCGUGGGCCGCUAUGAGGAGGCUGGCACCCGCCUGCAAAAAAUCCUGGACCCCACACUGCAGUCGGAGGCAGCCCAGGCCCGGCGGGGCCUGCUCAGGCUCAAGAAGGGAGAUAUGCCAGCUGCUGCGCGCGAUCUGCAGUGCCUGGCAGAGACGGAUGCCCAGGACCUCGGCUUCCUGCUGUGUCUCCUGGAGACCUCAGAGCAGCAGCGCCUCUCCCAGACUGCAGCCCAGGAAGCCAGUGCCCUCCUGAACUCAGGGCAGCCCUGCCAGGCGCUGGGCUACUGCUCGCUAGCCGUCCUGGCUAGUGGUGGCAGGGCCCGUCACCUGCGCCUGCGGGCCGCCUGCCUGACUGAGCUGCAGGAGUUUGGCCGGGCGCUCGGGGACCUGGACCACGUGCUCCAGGAGGGUACACGGGACUGUGACCUCCAGAUGAGGGCGGAGGACUUGUGCUCCAGGGGCCGCCUGCUCCUGAGCCUGGGGGAUGAGGCCAGGGCUGCACGGGCCUUCGCCCAGGCCCUCAAGCUGGCGCCCACCCCAGCCCAGAACAGCCUGUGGGAACAGCCAGGCCGGGCCCCCACCACCCGCGUGUUCCUGUGCCAUGGGCAGCGCUGCCUGGAUGAGCAGUGCUACACAGAGGCCUGGACAGCAGCAGAGAGCGGCCUUCUCGUGGACCCUGAGCACGGCGGCCUGAAGAGGCUGAAGUCCAGAAUCCGGAGGGAGGCUACCUCGGGCUGCCGGCUCCACUGACCCCGCAGUCCCCAGGCCGUCACAGGGCCACCCUGACAUUCUCAUCCGAUGUCCAGACCCUGGAGUGCACCCCACCCCCAAAUCAGGGAGGUUUUCACCCCGCCCUUCCAGCCUUCCUCACUCUGGGGUGGGUUGGUGUUGGACAGCCAGCCUUGGAGAGCAGAGAGCACCCCGCUGGCCUGGAAUGUGACUGUCUUGGGAGGCUCAGAGCCCCUUGCUGCAGGUGCAACCUGGUCACUGAAGCUGGGGCCUCCAAGAAGCAGCCCCAGUUCUUGGCCCCCGGGUUUGGACCUGCAGGUUGGACAAGAUGAAGGCUGGCCCCCGGUAGCCCUGGGGAGAUGGUGCCACCCAGGAAGCCCUUUCCUGCGAAGUGGACUUUGACACUGACCCGAGCCUCAGGCCGGGCUCCUGCAGCACCUGGGCUCCCCAAGGACCAAACUCCUCAGCCAGGCCACCCGGCCAAGACCCAUACUUUCAAGUUCUCCCGGGGAGCCCAGUGCCCAAGCCCGCCACCUAUGGCCUUGGAGACCAUACCAAACAGAGAGAGUUAUUGCUUUCUCUUUCUACCUGGAAACCCUGUGAAGUAGCCUCAUCCCGUUGGCAAAGCUGAGGCUCGAAAGUUUCAACGAUUUGUACAGUCACAGUCAAGUUAGUGGGCUGUCGAGAAGCCACACCCGGGCUCCCAGCUUAGAGCAGGUUCCUCAGCAAAAGACAGCCCAGGGACCCUCCACAGGGACUCACCCUCCCCAGUUCCCCAGGCAAAGUCUGUCCUGCCCUGUGCCCUCCCCUCCAGCCCCAGCUUGCCUCACGGGACAGUCCCACAUCCACUGUCUGCAGGUACAUGAGACGGCUGAUGGUUACUCCAACUUCACGCCGUGGCACUCAAGUGGACAAAGCUAGCAGGCCCUGGACGGCCUCUGGAGCAGAAGGCUAAGGUGGACAGACUGAUAAAAAUCAGUCUUAUCCGAGAGGAGAGGUUGCACCUGCUUUUCACAGUCACCACACACUAGGUUUUUGAGAAAAUGGUCACAAUAUGGUAUAGGUUGCAUUAGCCAAUCUCGACAAUAAAGCUAUAAAUUAAUUUUUAAAAAUUC